AUCGAGUCAGGGAGAGAUGAUGAUGUGUUCAGGAAACUGAACACAUCUAUCAUAAUAAUCGUCUAAGUUUAUUUUAAAAAAAUAUUCCCGUCUCUUUCCUUUAGAAAGAGAACGUGGAGUACAAAAAAAGUCAUUUUUUGCUUUAUCAUUCUUCCAUUUUCCAUUUGCGCUUUGAAUUUGUUGCUGUUAAGAUUAAAUACCAAAUUAAAUAAAAUUAAAUCUACACCAAUUUUGUGUAAAAUUUUUAUAUUUGGAUUUUGGAAUCAACAAUAUAGCGCAGCAACAUUAUUUUAUUUAAUUUGAUUGCAAAUUUGUCGUGUUCCCUGCUUUGAUAUGGCCGACAAGAAUUUGCACAGUUGUGCUUUAAAAGGUUGUCUUCUCCCGGAUGAUGAACAAAUGGUGUCUUGCGAUAAAUGCAAGCGUUGGUGGCAUUUUAUUUGUCACGGAUUCGAUCCUGACAACUUCGACACAAUUACACCAUGGUUUUGUGAGGAGGAAGACUGCGUUUUUCGAGAGGAUGACAUCGAAUCACGUGAUCAAACCGGUCAUCGAGGUUCUUUGUCUGUAGCUGACGCUGCCGAUUUACCAAGUGAAGAGGAUAUCAACAUGAUCGUGGAAGCUGCUGCUGUUGCACAGGCUGCAGUUGCUGAUCGUGACAAAGAGUUGUUGGAGUUGCGUGCUGAGCUUGCUGAAGCAAAAAAGUUGCUCGAAGUUUCGAAGGUUAAGGAACAAUUCCCUUCCGUCUCUGAACCAGCUGUAGCAGCAACUAAAUUAGCAAAGCUUCAAAUUAUUAAGCAAAUACAAGCUAAUCAUCAAGCGUUGUUGAACAGUUCUAUAGCAAAGUCUAAGGAGAUUCCAAGCCAAAAACAAGUCCCAUCAACUACAAACCACUCCACGCCUCAUCAACACGAACGCUCAUUUGAACCAUCUUUUCGAGACCAGGAUAUGGCAUCCCUACUUACGAUUUUGAAUCGUAGUAAUGUUCAGGAGCUGCCCAGUUUUUCGGGUGAGAACAAAAGAGAGUGGCCCUACUUCGAAGAAGUAUUUAAGUCCACGACUAUUGAAGGUCGUUAUUCAUCAAAAGAGAACGUGGCUCGUUUACGCAAGGCGUUAAAGGUUGAAGCAUAUCAGCUUGUAAGUGAUCGCCUCAAAUAUUCAGCUGAUGCUAACGCCAUUAUGGAUUCUCUAAGGACAAUGUUUGGUCGCUAUGAUGUGCUGGUGCACGACCUCACCACAGAUUUAUUAAAUUUACCCAAGUUAUCAUCAAGGGCAGAUCCCAAUUUGCGUGUUUGGGCGGUGAAAUUGAACGGGUUUGUUGCCGAUAUUAAGUCCAUGAAUAGAGAAGGGGAUCUCAGGAACGGAUAUGUUCUGACCAAUCUUGCUUCGAGGUUAGGUCCGGGACUCUACCAAGAAUGGCAGAGGACAAAAUCAAUAUCAACAUCUGAUGUGACAUUUGAGCAUUUUGCAGAGUUUUUGACCGGAAAGCUGAUUGAUUUACCGCCCGAACUUGCGAAAACGUCUAAUUUCACUGCCCAGAAAAAAUCACAAUCAGCUAGUACAUCGAAAUCUUCUCGAGUUUUAGUUCACUCGUCUGCGUCAUCCGGUUUGUGUUGCAAGUGCCAGAAACAUCAUACCUUGAUGAAGUGUGAAGAGUUUUUGGCUUUGCCCCCGGUUCAAAGGCAGGCGUUUGUUAAGGAGCAUCACGUUUGUUUUUCAUGCUUGGAUCCCGCUAAGCAUUUUUGGAAAGUUUGCGCCAAGAAGAGAAGUUGUGGCGUCAAUGGCUGCAACAGACGUCAUCAUCCGCUACUGCAUUUAUCGGAAGACGAAAACAACAACGUAUUAAAUUCUGCUGCUGCGCCAUUCGUGCCUCAACCGCACAUCCACUCUUCUCAUGUCAGUGCUGAUGUGAAUAUAAUUUUUAAAAUCGUUCCAAUACGCAUCUAUGGUAAGGAUGAUUUGUUCGUGGAUACCUAUGCAUUCUUGGAUGAUGGGUCGUCGCUGUCGAUGGUGGAAGAAGAACUUUUUAACGAGCUCGGAUUGGAUGGUCAUCCAGAACAACUCACCUUACAGUGGACCAAAGGUGUAUCUCGGCUUGAAGAUUCACAUCGAACUUCUUUAGCUGUGUCCGCAGUCAAUGGUCGUAAAAGGUACGUUUUGAAAAAUGUGUACACAAUCAAACAUUUAGGUCUCGCUAGUCAAUCCACCGAUGUCGAAGCUUUACAGAAGGCGUUCCCUCACCUACGUGGUCUCCCACUUAGUAGUCUGGUUAAUGCUGAGCCAAAAAUAUUACUUGGUUUGGACCAGGCCAAAUUUUUAAUUGGACAUGGCCAACGUUAUGGGAAGGAUGAGGAACCUCACGCUUUGAAGACGCUCCUGGGAUGGAUUGUCUACGGGAAAUCGGCUCCUUCGAUGCAGGUAUCAAGUGUGCAUCAGACUGCGAAACCUACAAUGCAAUUAAUGUUUCAUGACGCUAUAAGAGAAGAACCUGAAUUACACGAUUUAGUUCGUCGUCACUUUACUACCGAAGACUUUGGCGUAAUGCCUCCUAAGGGUGAAGUACUAAGUCGAGAAACCAGUCGAUCCCUAGAGAUAAUGGAAAGUUCUCUUAAACUGGUUGACAGGCAGUACGAGAUCGGUCUUUUAUGGGAUUCGGAUGACGUGAAAUUGCCAGAUAGCUACUCCAUGGCCUACAAGCGUUUAAUUGGUUUAGAGAAAUCCCUCAAGAAGAAGCCUGAUUUGCUCGAAUGGCAAAAUAACCAUUUUCGAGAGCUGAUUUCCAAAGGGUAUGCAAGAGUUGCUUCCAGGGAGGAUUUAGAACGGGAUUGGCCGCGCGUUUGGUACGCACCUACCUUCAUCAUCAUCAAUCCAAACAAGUCUCCUCCGAAGCCCAGAUGCGUUGCAGACGUGGCUGCGAAAGUCAGCGGAAUUUCGCUGAAUAGUCAUUUGAUGAAAGGCCCAGACAACUUAGUUCCACUACAUGCAGGCAUCUUCAAAUUUCGAGAACGUCGGAUAGCUGUAAACGGAGACGUACGCGAAAUGUUCCAUAGAAUCCGUAUCAAGACCGAAGAUCAGCAAUGUCAAAGGAUCUUGUGGAGAGAUGGAGACAGCACCAGGGAACCAACAGUUUACAUCAUGCAGGUGAUGAUGUUUGGCCCCAGAUGUUCUCCAUCAUGCGCCCAAUACGUCAAAAAUCAUCAUGCCAAUCUUUAUAAAGACGAGUUUCCAGCGGCCGUUGAUGGGUUAACUAAACGAACCUAUGUGGACGACUAUUUCAAUAGCCACAAUACGGUCGAAGAGGCUAUUUCCGUCACGAGCGAUGCUAUACAAAUCUGUCACUCGAUGAAUUUUGAUCUUGUUGGGUUACAAUCAAACAGCCUGGAAGUUCUCAAUAACAUGCCGAACGGAAACGUCAAUGCAGAGUUGGUAAGCAUUAAUCCUAAUGAAAGUGAUAGCUUUGUUUCAAAGGUUUUAGGCAUGUAUUGGCAUCCAUCAUCUGAUCACUUCACAUACAAACUGGCUUACGAUGAUGUCUUGGAAGAAAUGCUUGUAGAGGGUGCUGUAAUCACAAAACGUCAGAUGCUGAAAACAGUUAUGAAGAUUUUUGAUCCACUGGGAAUUGUUUCGUUGUUUAUUAUACGUGGACGAAUUUUACUUCAAGAAGUCUGGAGAGAAGGUUUCGAUUGGGACGAAGCAGUGUCUCCUCGUUUACGAAACCUUUGGCUGGAGUUUGUGACGGAAUUGAUACACAUCGAACGCCUCAAGAUAUCCCGUCGUUACGUUUCUUGGAAUCCAGAUGAUUCUCAGGUGAGCCUUGUAAUAUUUGUUGACGCUUCAGAAAAGGCUUUCGCCUCAGUGGCUUAUUUCCGUUUUACCCGCAACGAAGAGGUUGAAGUUGCACUCGUCAUGGCAAAGGCGAAGGUGGCACCUGUAAAGCAAUUAUCUAUCCCUCGAUUGGAAUUACAAGCUGCAGUUUUGGGUACUCGUUUAGCCGUUACAAUUAAGGAAUCCCACAGCAUACGUAUCGAUGAGACGCUGUUCUUUUCCGAUUCCAAGACUGUUCUUAGCUGGAUAAAUUGCACAAACAAGUUGCCUGCUUUUGUCGCCACUAGAGUAGGUGAGAUCCUAGACACCACUUCUCCUCGUCAAUGGUUUCACAUAAGAUCUAACGACAAUGUUGCUGAUGAUGGCACGAAACGAUUCGAAACACCAAUGGGGAAUCAAGACACGAGAUGGUUCAAAGGUCCAGAUUUUCUGAAUCUUCCCUUUGAGAAGUGGCCCGUUGUACCGUUUAAAUCCGAGUCUCAGCUAGUCGACGUUGAAGAGAAAUCAGUGAAAAGUUUACAUCACAUUCUUAAACCAUCAAGUUGUUAUGGCGCAUAUGACAUGCUCUCUUCAAGAUUUCAAGCUAAAUGGAAUUUCUCCGUCAGAGCCAUCGCAUUUUUGUUACGUUUUAAACACCUGCUUCAGAAGAAGACCAUCGCCAAAGAACCCUGUGUCACACCUGACGAGUUCCGAUUUGCAGAAAACUGGAUGUUCAGAAAAAUUCAGGAAGAAGCCUUCUUAAGUGAGCUUACUUCUUUGAGAACAAACGGCAAGGUGAGUGCUUCAAGUUCAAUUUUUUGUUUAUCUCCUUUUUUGGAUGAAGAUGGCACGCUGCGUAUGAGGUCCAGGGCGCAAAAGGUCAACCGUUCAUAUGCUUCUCGAAAUCCGGCAAUUCUCCCUAAAAACCAUCCGUUGGUCGACCUUUUUAUUCAAUAUCAUCACGAGAGAAACUUUCAUAUGGGAACUGCCACAGUCAUAUCCGACAUACGAGAAAGUGCUUGGAUCAUCAGUAUUCGAGGAGCAGUGGAGCGAGUCAGAAGUCGGUGCUUUAUGUGCAAGCGUCUUAAAGCCAAAGCCGUCAUGCCGCAGAUGGGUCAGCUCCCAGAAGCUCGCUUAGCUUUUGAUUCCAGGCCGUUUACACAUGUGGGGGUGGAUUGCUUUGGUCCCUUAUUUGUAAAGGUUGGUCGCAGCACUGUAAAACGUUACGGUAUGAUAUUCACGUGCCUCACAUUUAGAGCAGUCCAGAUAGAACUAUUAAAUGAUCUAAGCCUAGAUCAGUGUUAUAUGGCUGUUAGACGUUUCGUCAUAAAUCGAGUUGUGACGAAGUAUUUUUAUAGCGACAACGGCCUCAACUUCGUUGGAACCAAAAAUUUACUCGAAAAAGACAUCAAAGAGAUGGAGUCUUCUCUUUGCGAAUACUCUUCUAAAUAUCAAGGUAUUUUAUGGCGCUUCAUACCAGCUUAUUCGCCAUGGAUGGGUGGAGCUUGGGAGCGGCUUAUUCAGUCGAUAAAAAAGAGUGUCAACUUUGUGCUCAAGGGUCUCGUUCCAAGAGAGGAUGUCUUGCGGAACGCUCUCAUGGAGGCUCAAAGUCAGAUAAAUAGGCGUCCACUUACUCACGUCCCAGUAGAUCCAGAAGAUCCGAAACCACUCACUCCAAACUUAAUGCUCUUUGGUGAAGCUGAUCAAGACAUUACGGCCCCCGGUAUUUUCUACGAAAACGAUUUUUGUAGCAAGCUGUACAGCCGGAGAUCCCUUCACUUAAUGUCUGAGCUUACGAAGAGAUGGUAUGCUGAAUACUUGCCCGUAAUUACUAGGAGGUCAAAAUGGUUUAAGGAGACGAAACCGAUAGAGAACAACGAUAUCGUCAUCGUUAUUGAACCAAACGAAAUACGUUCCAACUGGCACUUGGGUCGUGUAGUAAAGGUCUACCCAGGACCUGAUGGAAUUACACGAAUCGCAGAUGUUAAGCUUGCAAAUGGAGCAGUUAAAACAAAACGAUCAAUUGGCAGACUCGCUGUCCUCGAUUUAAAGUCUUCAAACUAGGAUAUGGUUCUCAGACGGCCCCCGGAAUGUCAUCGAGUCAGGGAGAGAUGAUGAUGUGUUCAGGAAACUGAACACAUCUAUCAUAAUAAUCGUCUAAGUUUAUUUUAAAAAAAUAUUCCCGUCUCUUUCCUUUAGAAAGAGAACGUGGAGUACAAAAAAAGUCAUUUUUUGCUUUAUCAUUCUUCCAUUUUCCAUUUGCGCUUUGAAUUUGUUGCUGUUAAGAUUAAAUACCAAAUUGUAAGUAAAAAAUUAAAAUCUAAUUUCAUAUCUUACAUGUAUACUUUUUUUAUAGAAAUAAAAUUAAAUCUACACCAAUUUUGUGUAAAAUUUUUAUAUUUGGAUUUUGGAAUCAAC